AUGGGGACUCACAUAGUUCGUGCGCAACGGAAAGAAAAGCUGAUAAAAGCAGAGAUUUCAUCGCAUUAACGGCCGUCUCUUUCUCCGACACAUUUUUUUAAAAUCGAAAGCGUCGCAUCACAAACCCCGCCGCCGCAGCCGCAGCCGCAGCGAUCACCUCGUUCUUUCCUCCCUGAGCCACCGUAGCAGAGCCGCGGAAUGGCCGAGGACUUCGUGAACGCCGUCGACGACGGCCUGAAACUCUCGAAGCGGAUAUACUUCGGGAAGGACAGGUCGGUGGCGCCGCCGAAGCCUAUGGCGGCGAUGGAGAAGUCUUCUCAGUCGUUCCUUCCUUCGUCUCCGAUGGUGUACGCCGUGAUUUCUGACCCUGCGAUGGUUGAUAAUCCCGAUAUUCCCAGCUACCAGCCUCACGUCCACGGCCGCUGCGAUCCUCCGGCGUUGAUUCCUCUUCAGAUGAAUGGAAUAGGGUUGGAGGUUGAUUGUUGUUUGGACACGGCGUUUGUCACCGUUACGGGAUCUUGGCGAGUUCAUUGUGUUAUGGGAAGCCGCCACUGCGAUUGUCGUGUUGCAAUUCCAAUGGGCGAACAGGGUUCACUUCUAGGUGUUGAGGUUGACACACCCAGAAAAUCAUACUGUGUUCAGCAGAUUGGCAUGGAUGACAAAAAGGAUACAGAAAAGGCUGCUAAAUUUGAAAUUGGGGGCUUUCUAAAAUCCCACAUAUUUACUUUUACAAUACCCCAGGUUGAUGGGGGCUCCAAUAUCUCAAUUAAAGUUAGUUGGUCUCAAAAAUUGUUAUAUAGCAUCGAUCAAUUGUCCUUGAGCAUACCAUUUAGUUUUCCUGAGUAUGUCACUCCUGCUGGGAAGAAAAUUUCCAAAAAAGAAAAGAUACAAUUGAAUGUCAAUGCUGGUCCUGGAACUGAAGUUUUGUGCAAGACCACUAGUCAUCCUCUGAAGGAACAACGGCGCCAAGUGGGGAAGUUGAGUUUCUUAUAUGAAUCAGAAGUUCUUCAUUGGUCAAGCAAUGAUUUUAUCUUUUCAUGGACUGUUUCUUCAAGUCAUAUUUUUGGUGGUGUGCUUUUGCAAUCUCCAUCUGUACUUGACUCUGAUCAACGGGAGAUGUUCUGCUUGUACUUAUUCCCAGGAAACCGGCAGAAUCAGAAGGUUUUCAGAAAGGAAGUGGUCUUUGUUGUUGAUAUAAGUGGGAGCAUGCGAGGAAAGCCACUUGAGGAUAUGAAGAAUGCUCUGUCUGCGGCACUCUCAAAGCUUGAUCCAAAUGACUCAUUCAACAUAAUAGCUUUUAAUGGAGAGACUUAUCGAUUUUCGUCAAAUAUGGAGUUGGUAACUCAGGAAGCAAUUGAAAAAGCAUUGGAGUGGAUUAACGUAAACUUUGUUGUAGGAGAUGGUACAAAUAUUUUGCUUCCCUUAAAUCAGGCAAUCGAGAUGUUGGCAGAUACUCGUGAUUCCAUUCCGGUGAUUUUCCUUAUAACUGAUGGGUCUGUUGAAGAUGAGAGACACAUUUGUGAUGUUAUGAAAAGUCAUUUAACAAAUCGAGGAUCUAUAUGCCCACGUAUUUACACUUUUGGCAUAGGUACAUUUUGUAAUCAUUAUUUCUUGCGAAUGCUUGCAAUAAUUGGGAGGGGUCAUCACGAUGCUGCUUAUGAUGCAGAUCCAAUUGAGGCUCGCAUGAAAGCAUUUUUUGGUAGAGCUUUAUCCACCACUUUUGCAAAUAUAGCCUUUGACACCAUGGAAAAUGUUGAUGAGCUUGAGGUGUAUCCUUCUCGUAUUCCAGACCUUUUGUCUGAGAGCCCGUUGAUUGUAUCAGGCAGAUACAAGGGAGAUUUUCCUGAGACUCUCAAAGCUAGAGGGAUCCUUGCAGAUACGAGCAAUUUUGUUGUAGAUCUGAAGGUACAAAAGGCAAAGGACAUACCUAUUGACAAGGUUCUUGCAAAGCAAGAAAUCGAUCUGCUCACAGCCCAGGCAUGGUUCUCAGAGAAUAAAGAGCUUGAGGAGGAGAUAGCAAGAAUGAGCGUAAAAUAUGGUAUUGUGUCAGAGUAUACCUGUAUGAUCUUGCUCGAGACAGAGAGAGGGAAGAAUGACACAGAAUCAACUGGAGCACUGGAGGCGGCACCUAGCAGGGUUGAACUACAAAAGAUGGUAGACUCAAAAGGCCAGAAGAUAAAAAUGCUGCGAAGCCUCGGGAUUGGCUUUGGCAACUUGACUGCAACUACUGAAAACACCUCUCCAGGAUCUGAGGAAGAUAAAUUACCAGAGGCUGCUGAAAUGUUUGUCAAGGCAGCCUCCAACUGUUGCGGCAGGAUAUUUGGCCGCUGCUGCUGUAUGUGCUGCAUCCAGACUUGUUCACGGAUGAAUGACCAAUGUGCAAUCGCACUCACGCAGUUGUGCGGUGCACUAGUGUGUUUGGGUUGCUUCAGUUGUUGCGAGGUUUGUUGCUCUGGACGUGAAGGAUGAUGAUAAAAUCGAAUCAUAGACAUAUCUACCAAAACUCUUGACGUACCCUUGUGUUACAAUAUUCAUGAUACAUGUAAAUAGAGGGUCAUAGUUUUCUCCUUUGUAUUUUCUCUCGGAUAUCUUUCUCGUGUCUUUUCUUUUAACCGGUUUCACUUGAAUCGAUCCAACAUGCCUCUGAUCCAUGUUAUCGUGCAAAUUUGGCAACAUAAAUGGAAGGUUCUAGAAUUUUGAAAUGUACGUGACGGUGAGCCCAUAUGUACAAGCACAUGAAGGAAGUGGAAGAACAAUGAUAUUGUGUAAUUCUAAAUCUGUUAAUUCUUCAUAGAGGUGUGUGAUCUCUCCA